GACCGCUGCGCCACUCGGGAGCCCCUUAUGCUACACACUUGUAACAAAAACCUUGUAUCAAAAACAUUUAGUUAUUGAUUGUUUGAUUAUGUGUGGACUCGAGACCCCGUCAUUCUCCCUCCGUAAAACACUCCCUAAUAAAAUAUCGCGUCACUUCCUUGCCAAUCCCUUAGAAAAAGAAAUAUUAGAAAAGGCCGAACGACGCUGGAAAAGAGCGAGAAGAAGCCAGAAGAGAAGAUAAAGAAGAAAAGCCCGAUGAAAAGAGGGAUAGUGAGGCGGGAGGAAGCGAAACACGAGCGUAAUCAAACUGUCAUGCCACUCCACAAGUCGGCCCACAAGGCGCCUCGCCUGGACCCCACCAUGAUCUCAGCUCCGCUGGGGGACUUCCGCCACACCAUGCACAUCGGGAGGGGAGGAGAUGCUUUCGGUGACACCUCCUUCCUGGCUACCGUCGGCCCCAGCCCUGACCCUGGGUCUCCGGGUGCCACGGCAACAAACGACUCAAUGGCGCCCGUUGAUUCUAAGACGCCACUUAACCACACUGAUGAUGUCACAGAUGGCUUCGGAAGCACACUGAACAGUGAGCUUCAGCAUUCCGAGUCGGUGUCGUCUUUCACACUCGAUAUGGAUUUCGACCUGGGCCCAUCCAUCAUGGGUGAUGUGCUGGGGGUGAUGGAUGGACUGGGGCUGGACUCAGACUGGACUAGGACUCGCGCUAAUGAGGAAGACGUCUUCAGUCCAAGCAAAAGUCUUGUCGUUGAAGUGGAGAAUUUUAAAAUGGCGGUGGAGGAUCAGUCUGUCAGCAUAAGGAACGAGCUGAAUGAGAAGAAGCUUUUAGGGAUCGAGGAGGAUGAGGUGGGAGAUGGAAGGAUAAUAGAGGGGACUGGAGGGAUCAAGGCCAAAGGCCAGAGGCCGAAGGUGAGAUUCAGCGACAAACGAGAGGAGAUAAUUCGCCAAGCGUCAGAGGAGGAAGGUCAGGGGUUAGAUGUUGAGGAAGAGUGUGUGAGUCCCACCGAGGAAGAGCGAGAGAGAGGGAACAACAUCAUCAGUGUGUCAAUCGCGGGAAUAGAGGUACAGCCCACCAAUCACAAGGCGGAUUCACCUUCCAGUCCCGCCUCCUCACACAGCUCAGAGUAUGAGGGUGUCACCCCAUUGGACAGGAGGAGGGUUGACAACUGUCACUCAGAGACUGAUUCCGAGGAAGAGGAAGGGGGAGACAAUGGACGGGGCUACACAUUUGAAGAUGAGUUUGAUGAUGAAAUCGGCCUGUAAGGUGCCCUGUAGCACUCUUAUGUCAAUCAGUCAGAGGAUAAAAUGGUUCCUCGUUGGUUGUGAACUAUGUACAGUUUACUUCCUCUAUGCAUUCUGCAAAUUAUCAUUCAAAACUGAGGUUUAAGCAAAGCUAAGUAUUUCAGAACAACAACUGGAUAUUUGAAGAGUCUCUGUUGAAAUGUUUUUGGGACCAAAUUGCUCCUUUGGAUCCUCAGUCAUAGACAUGCAGUUAGUAAACAGUUACUACAGGAAUCCGUUUCAUUGAAUCAAUCUUAUAAGCUCCAAUUAAUGGACAGAAAACAUUUGACCUUUGAAAUAGCCACCUAUGUAUUGACAUCAGAUUUGAAAUGCUACAUUUUUAACAGACACUGUACUUCAAUUUAUUAUGUCUCAAUUGAAAAUACAAAGAAUAGCCUAGUAUUGUUUUAGGCCAAGCAGGUUUUCAGUGAAUAAAUAGCCUAGUUUGCAGCACUUUAAUUCAUUUCAAGAAACUGGAAGCUUUACUGUUAAAUCAGUGCUCAGUAAAAGACAAUGACAGUUUUUAAAUGACCAUGAUUAAGGCAAAUUGAAAUGUUUUAACUAACAUGUUUUAGUUUUUACCAGGUCAAAGGUAUUUCUUAAGAGAAAGUGCAUAUGAUACAGAAAGACUAGUAUCUUAUGCUGAAGGUGCCUUAAAGGGAGUCGUUGUUCAUAUCCCUGUGCUUUAACUCACCAUAGCCAUGUCUUCCUUCUUUAUGUUGUAUUUUCAUAUCAUGUAUGGCUCAGAGCAAAUUGCUUUGUCUGUUUUAGCAUUGCAUCUUAAUGCUCUUUAGAAACAAACUAAAUGAAUCAGCCUUUUAUGACAAAUAUAUAAUUAUUUGCCACCUGUUUCUCCACCUAAUUAAUGGAAAGUUUUUUUUCUGAGUGAUUUUAUUGUUAAAUGCCACUGGGUUAUUCCACAAAAUGAGUCCUUUUUAGGUAGUGUAACUUGGUUAAAAAUAUAUACAUAUUUUAGCACAUUUUCAACUUAAUAAAACAUGUUUUCCCAUUUCGAGGUUACAUAAAUAAAUAAA